AUGCCACCCUCCCCACCACAGACCCGUGAAGCUCUGCUGGAGGGACGGACAGUGGCUCUCGAGUCUCUCCCCGGCCCAUCGUCGUGGUUCUGGACGGUGGCGCUCGACGGCGAGGAGGUGGUCACCCGCUCCGGCGAGGUCGGCGCCGCAGGCGACGAGUCAAUCACCGACUUCCCGUCGACGCAGGAUGCUCUCGCGACAGCGGUCUCACUUCUCGACGCAAAGAUCGCUAACGGCUUCCGAGUCCUCGACGCCCGCGAGGUGCUGGCCCAGGUCACAGGCGGAGACAUUGAGCCGACUGCCCGCGGCGCGUCGCCUGAGGAUAUUGCCAGCCUCAACGCCAAGAUCUUCCCGCGUAAGCUCCCGUCUCUAUACGCAGCCAUGUUACAGGUUGCCGAUGGGGCGGUCCUUGAUCUUACUGCUAUUCACGCUGUCGGCCUUGAUGCGCCCAUCAUCUCGCAGCUCGGCAGCGUGUCCGAGCUUGGCGACUCGGACCUAUACGCCAACGAGUGGGACUUUCCCUUCGAGCUGUGCGGGCGCACGCUUAACAUCGAUGGCGAUGGCCACGCUUGGGUCAUUCUCGACUAUGUUCAUCCUGGCCCAUCGGGCGAGCCGUCUGUCGCCCAUGUCCUCCAAUGGUCCGACCCGCCGUACACGCCGGUCAAGAUCGCCGACUCGUUUGCCGACUUUAUGCUGGCUCUGCGCAAGGCCGACGCCGGCGGUUGA